CCAACCAGCCAGUAGAGAAGAACUAUGCGGUUGCUAAUGGAAACCUCUAGCGGCAAGAUGGCGUCCGCCAGUGAGGGGCGCGCGACCACCUGCAGGCUGCGCCGGGAGCUUCUUGGGAGGCCACCGCGGGACGGUAACGGCCGACUACACUACAGGGCCUCCGUCGGGAAGGGAGGGAGGCGGACAGGUUAUGGGGUCUACGUUUAUCCAAAUUCUUUCUUUCGGUAUGAAGGAGAAUGGAGAGGAGGCAAGAAACACGGUCGAGGGAAGCUGCUGUUUAAAGAUGGGAGUUACUACGAAGGCGACUUUGUGGACGGAGAGAUCACAGGAGAGGGUUGUCAGCACUGGGCACUGACAGGGAACACCUACACUGGACAGUUUGUUCUGGGAGAGCCCCAGGGACACGGCGUCAUGAAGUACCAAGCUGGCGGACAUUAUGAAGGGGAGCUCUUCCACGGCCUGAGAGAAGGACACGGGUGUCUGGUGGACGCAGACGGACAAGUGUACUGGGGGUCGUUUCAUGACAACAAGCGUCAUGGCCAAGGGCGGAUGAUCUUCCGGAAUGGAGACGAAUACGAGGGCAACUGGGUCCGGGACCAGCGCCAGGGCCAUGGGAUGCUGCGGCUCGUGGAUGGCUCCACCUAUGAGGGACAGUGGCACAGUGGUGUGUUCAGUGGACAGGGCAGCAUGGCCCACUGCUCCGGAGUCAUCUACCGAGGGAUGUGGAUCAACGGUCACCCCAUGGCACAAGCCACAAGGAUCGUGAUUUUGGGUCCAGAGGUGAUGGACACAGCCCAAGGGUCUUCCCUCACAUUGACCGUUCAGCUGCAGCGGGACAACGGGGAAGUGGCCACGAGUGAGGACGGCCGGGAGUUGGAGAUCUCCGCAGGCGUCCGGUACGUGCAGCUCCCGGCCUACUCGGAGGUCAGCUUUUUCAGAGUGGAUGACGGCCUCGGGCAGACGCCCAUCCAGACCCCGUUUGGAUUCCAGUGCAUCUCCUACCCUCUGUCCAGCCCCAAGUUCGGGGGCCCAGAGCCCAGAGCUGCCCUGGAAAGUGCCAGUGCUGACUCACCGUUCCCUGAGGGGGACCCCGGUGGCCUGCCUGCCGGGAGGCACGAGCCCAGCUGUCCCGGGAACCGUCGGCGAGCAGAGCAAGGCUGCGUCCAGUUCUCCGAUGUCCGCCUUGGGCCCCCACCACCAGGGUACCACGCCGUCCUGUUUCUGGAGGGCCUCCGCGAGGUGGGCAGCAGGCCCAGAGGCCAGGACCAUGGGGGGACAAUGCCCAUAGCGCAAGGCCCACCAGGAGGCAGCAGGUCUGGCAAGACACAGACCCCCAGCUUCAUGGCCGAGUGGGUCAUUAUUUCACGAGACGAGGGGACGCCUUCAGGAGGAGCUUCUGGCCUUUUGUCAACAAUGUUCAGGCUUGAUGGGGUGGCCACGGUGGAGCCAGCAGCGGAAGCCUUCCCAGGCGAGUAUGUCCUCAUGAUUCGCGAUGUGACCACCCCUCCAUUCCUGGGCCACACGCUGCCCACAGCCUUCAAACACCUUCGGGUCUUGGCAAGGGGGGCAGGCCAACAGCCCCAUGUCCCCAGAGAAGACCCGAAAGCCCUGAGCUAGAGGGAUGCCUGAGACUCCUGCCACUGGCUUUAAUAAAAUGCUCAACAACCA